AGACCACGUUAAACAAUGCAUACAUGUACAUUGGUUCUUCUGUUGUUGGUUGGCGUAGCUGCAGCUGGAUUUGCUCCACUGCACAAAGUUAACGAGAGCAUCAAAGGACGUUACCUCAUCAAAUUCAAGGAUGAUUUGGACGUGGACACCGUUGUUGAUGACAUCCAGCGCCGUGUGCAGCAGCAGCGUUUGGGCCACGCCAAGAUCUCUUAUCGCUACUACCGAGUCGUGAAGGGCAUGGCUGCAGAGCUAUCAGAGGAAGCCCUGGAAUAUAUUCGAACAUUGGAUGAGGUGGAGUGUGUGUCCGAGAACCCUCGGUCACACGCAACAACACCCUGGGGCUUGGACCGCAUCGAUCAGUUCAAUCUACCCCUAGACGGCUCCUUCUCAACGAGCGCAUCUUACAAUGAAGGAGCAGGGGUUGAAAUCUGGGUCGUAGACUCCGGUAUCCGGCCGACCCACAAUGACUUUGGAAAUAGGGCAUCCGUCGAAUUUGAUGCUUACGGUGGUGAUGGUAUAGAUUGCCAUGGCCAUGGCACCCACUGCGCUGGUACUACAGGAGGUUCAUAUUAUGGAGUCGCCAAGAGAGCCACCAUCAAAGGCGUGAAAGUUUUAGGAAGUCCACCCUGUAGCAAAAGUGGUACUGGUGAUGCAAUGAUCGCUGGGUUGGACUAUGUUGCUGCCAAUGCCAAGCGACCAGCUCUUAUUUCAAUGUCCGUCGGAUUUGCAGGCACAUGGGACUAUUUUGAUACUGUAGUCAGAAAUGUGAUUUCGGGGGGUAUUCCGGUAAUUGUGGCUGCUGGUAAUGACAACAUAGAUGCCUGUACCGUGUCUCCAUCUCGGAUUAGUGAGGCGGUUACCGUAGGGGCAACUGAUAAUACAGACAGCAGGGCUUGGUAUUCCAACUGGGGGAACUGCAUCGACAUCUUUGCCCCGGGGAGCGACAUCCCAAGCACCUACUACACAUCUGACAAUGCAGUCUACACAAUGUCUGGCACCUCCAUGGCCUGUCCACAUGUAUCAGGAAUGGUUGCUCUCUACUUGGCUGAGAAUCCAAACCUGACGGGAGCCCAGGUUAUGAACAAACUUGUCAACUCUGCAACUUGGGGUAAACUCUCAAACAUCGGAGCAGGCAGCCCAAAUCUUCUUGCUUAUAUUUAGGCGUAGUAAUACCUCAUCAUGGUGUUAUUGAAGGUGAACAUGACAAUGUUGGCUUCAGUUUAUAGGAAGCAAUCUGGAAUUUAAUUAAUGUUUGACCUAUCACUGCAUUGCCUUGGCACUAAUUUGACAUGGUAAAUUCACUGCAAUUCUUCGUAGUUAUCUAUCUUUCAGAUGGCCUGUGGAAACUAAUGAGAAUACAAGUUUUGUAUUCAUAGAGGGCACUUGUCAGUUCUGAUGGAUUAUUUUACUUGGGUGUAAGACAGGAAAUAAUUCCAAGGAAUGAUCUACUUGGAUAGGCAUGACAAUGCCGUCACUUGAAAAAAAAAUAUUCAAAAAGAUUUUGCCGCAAAGAAUAGUUACUGAUACUUUAACAAACAUUUUUGAGAGUCAAUUAUUAUGUAUUAAUUAAAAUCAGCAUGCCAAUAUUAACCUUACAAUGCAAUGUUCUCUAAUUAUUGUACGAAUAAAGGACUCAGAAAUUAUACCACUGCAACUGAAUGUUUCUCUCAUGUUUUAUUUUUUAUUACUUUCAUGACUGACGUGUAUUCUCACAGAAAUAUGGUAAAAGAAAUCCAUUUGCAACAUGAUUUUUGUAAAAUGCCAUUUGGAAUUGUCCUCAUUGACCACUUGAACCACAUAGAUGCAAACAAGUACAAGGAUAACAAUAUAUAAAUUGCAUUAAUAUAUACAUUUAACUUGGCAUAUAACCUCUUGCAGUUUUGGAAGUACUGUCAAAUAA